AUGGAAGUGAAAAUGCAACAUCGGUCACGGGCACACAUGUUCCAGAUACAGGUCAAAGCGCUGAUCAAGACGCUGAAAUGUCUGCAGUCAGACGAUAAAUACCAGGCACUGCUGUUUCUUAUUUCGGCCAUCAAGUUGUACGUCAAGUUCCUAUACAACGAUUGCCAGGAACGGCUCUGCAAGCCAGCAAUACUCAAAGAGUUGAACAAUAUUGAAAAUGUGAUUGUGGUGAACCUGCUCAAAUCGCGAAGCGCGCCUCCGUCAGGCUCAUCCUUAUCGGUAGCCACAGGCCACACGACCGUAUCAUCGUACGGCGAUGACAUUGUGGGCAAAUCCUGCCUCGACAUUGACACCAGCACAAGUGUACGCUGUACGGAUGUAUCGCUCGGUAGCGAUGGUUUGUUGUUGAUGCAUCCACACCGAACCCAUGGAUCCUCGCUUGCACCCUGGGACCUUCGGGGGAAGCUUUUGCGUGGCAAUCUCUUCGAUGGACUGCCACUGACCGGCAGUGUGGAACUAGGUACGAAUUACACCAGCAGAGGUGGCUCGUUGCUAAAAACGGGCCAACGGGUGGCUAGUGCGAAUCGAUGGUUGGGAAAUGUACGAAUGAAUCGGGCGCUGGUUCGUAUGAUCGCAAAUCACGAUUUUAAACUGCUGUUCAACAUGUUCGAACAAAGCAUCUUUCCUGCGUGGAAAAUAUACAAAAAUGAACGAAUAUUUGUUCGAAAACGGCCCGCCCUAACGACGGUAACGGUACGCACCUCGCUUCCCGCCAUUUGCUACGGCAGCGGAUCGUCACACUCGCCACCUGCAACGUACAUCAAGAAGGAGGAAUUCGAUUUCGAUCCUCCGUACUCGAUUGCUGACGACCACUGUUUCGAGGAGAUCAAGGACGAGGACGACGAGGACCUGUUGCUGAUGAAGGAAGACGAUUCGAUUGACAACUCGAACGAAAUCUUCUCGGAGGAGGAAUCUUCGACGAACAACACCUCGCUAAUGCUAUCGUCCGACACCAACACGCUGGAUACGAAUGAUUCGAGCAUGGUUUCGCACGAGCGCAAUAAGGAACAGGUGUACCAGUGCUUACUAUGUGAUAAAAGCUAUAGGAAACGCAAAUCUCUUGUCAUCCACUUCAGUCACCAUCCAGGAUUUUGUCCCGAUUGUGGCAAGCAGCGAGGAGUAACCUCCGAGGAAAUCGUCGAGCACAAUCGAAUCUAUCACAAAAAUCGGCCUCACAUAUGCGAGCACUGCGGAGAAACCUUCACCCGGAAUCAACAGUAUCAGAUACACGUCCAGGGACAUUUUAUAAGCAAAGAUAGAGUAGCGGAGCAAAAUUGUAAAAAAACUCACAAGUACAGCUGUAAAACAUGCGGUAUCGUUUUUAAUAAUCAGAAAUAUCUCGAAAAGCACAUCCAGAAAACCAACCACCAGGCGGAAGGUUUGGUGUGCGACAUUUGUAGUGCAAUAUUUUGUAACAGUAUCAAACUCAGCCAGCAUGUAAGCCGCACUCAUCACAACGUGUUUACACAGAAAGCUACCUUAGAAAGGAGCAUGCUGCUGCAGGAAACAAGCGUUACGGACAAAGCCUACACAUGUGAACAGUGUGGUGCCUCAUUUCUGUCCCAGCCCUCAUUGCGGGAACACAUCAAAACAUCACAUCCCGUUCCGGAUAACAAAUUUGAGUGCAAUAUUUGCAACAAACUGUUCGCCGCCAAACGGUCCCUCAAACGCCAUAAACUUUGCCAUUCGGAUGAGCGCGCCUUCCGUUGUACGGUGGAAAAUUGCAAGGAAUCGUACAAAAAUCAAUCGCACCUUGCUCGCCACAUGAAGACCGCCCACCACAUUGAUCCACCCUCGAAACGGUUGCAAAAGGCCAAAGCGGCCGCCGCAGCUGCAGCAGCAGCAACCAGUACAGCGAUCGUCUCAUCAGCUGACCCAAGCUCGGCAAGCACGGAUUUUAUCGGUCACGGUGACGGUGCCACAAUGGGUGGUGGAUCGUGUGACUCUCUAAAAGGCAUUGGCAGCACGUUGAAAAAAUCGCUCGGAAGCAGUGAAAAAUCGCUUGGCGACAGUAGUACUAACUUUAGCGACAAUCUGUCAUCGUUCAAUUACGAGUUUUCCGACACGACUGCAGGAACUUCAACGCCAGCAUUGACAGCGGCAGUAGGGACAAGUGGGGACGGUGGAACGGGUAUGAUGCUUACUGGCACCAGCACGUUAACAAGCAACCGUACAUCCUCUUUAACCUGCGCCGUAACCGGACCUCAUGCUGGUGGUGCAUUUAACGAUCCUGCCAUCAGUUUCGGCACGAGUAAACAACAACAGCAGCAACAACAGCAACAGCAGCAACACCUCGGUACAUGGCAGAAUCUCGAGUUUGCAGCAGCGGCAUCGCACCGUUCGACAACGGUUCCUGGCGGUGUGGGCAGCAUGCAACAGUUACAGGAUCCACUGGCAACGACAGGCGCUAGCUUCCUGGAUGGUGGUGGACACCAUCACAUUCAAAAUCAUCAAAACAUGCAGCACCAAGCGCACCUUCACGGGCAAGGAUCGAUCACGAAUCAGAUGAUCAGCUCGGGCAGCAAUUUUAUGACCACAAGCAAUUUACCUGGCAGCACAAGGAGAUUCCCUCUUCCGGAGAGUAAUUUCAUGUGCGAACAUUGCGAUGAAACAAACUUCAUCAACGCUCAGCAGUACCAGCUGCACGUGCAGGACCAUUUUGCUGCCAAGGAGGGUAAAGAUCAUGCGAGCAAAAAGCUGCUACGGUUAAUUUGUAAAACAUGCAAUCUGGUAUUUGCCACUGGAGCUCAGCUCGAUCGGCACAUUCAGAAAACGAAUCAUCACACGGAGAGCAUAGCGUGUGAAAUAUGUAGUGCAAUAUUCAACUCCAACUUAAAGGUUUACCAGCACAUGUUAAAAUGUCACAAGAAUGAUAUUUGGUUUGCUUGUGAACAAUGCUCAAAGGUUUUCAUAUUGAAACAGGACUAUGACAAGCAUCAGCUAGUGCACCAGACGGUGACGGAUCGGUCGAUCAUCUGUGAGCACUGCGCAUCGUCCUUCCUUACCCAGGAAGCACUAAAGGAACAUAUCAAAAUAGCUCACUCGAUGGACAAGAAAUACAAAUGUAACAUUUGCAACAAACUGUUCGCUGCCCGUCGAUCGCUUAAACGCCAUAAACUGUGCCACGAAGAGGAGGCAGCAUUCCGGUGUGUGGUCGACGGUUGCAAGGAAGCGUUCCGAACGGCGGCAAACCUGGCGAAGCACAAAAAGAUGGCACAUCCCGCGGUGCAUUCAGUUGCGGUUUCUGUAUCAGCCGGCAAUUUAAUGCCACACGACCCAAUCGUGGGCAAGGUCGAUGUUGGACUUGGCAUGCCUUCCGGAGUAAAGAUGGUGCCAGCCGGUGCGAUGGUUUCGACUGGAGCGUCUAACGCUCCAGUUGGUGGUGUCACAAUUAAGGGAAUGGAGAAAACGUUGCACCAUCAAGAUGUACCGGGUGUAACAAUGUCACCGGGAGGACAACAAAACAUGAUGGGCCAACUGGGUGCAAAUCCAAUGAUGGCAUUAAAUUCAGGACCUGGGCUUAAGACGGACGGACGAUCAUCCGCUGGCGGUAUGAUGGUGGUGCCACCGUCUAGAACGAGUAGUGCAGGAAGUAGUGCCGGGAUAAGUGGUAUUAAUAACGGUAGCAGUGGUGCUAAUAUACCCUACAACCCGUACGAUGCAGGUGGAAUGACCUACAACAGUGUGCUUGGUCCACCACCUGGUGUCGCUACUAGUGGACCUCACCAUCCCCAUCAUCAUCACCAUCAUCAGCUUCAGCAACAACAGCAGCAACAGCAUCAGCAACAACAGACCCAGCAUGUGCAUCACCAACCACAGACUCAUUCGCAUUUGCAUGCUCAGUCGCAGUUUGUUGGUAUGGGUAAUUACUCUACCCGUACGGGUGGAGGGAACGGUGCAGUCAGCAAUCCGGAACAACAACAGUCCGUUUCUAUGGCGUAUCGCAUGAGUGAAUCAGCUGUCCCCGGAAACAGCGCAACGGCAACAAGCUCCGCUAACAUUCCGUACGGCUACGGCCAGAUGAAUAAUGCCUUCGAUUGGCAAGGUAUUGAAAUGGGAGCAGGAGCCAAUGCCGAACCAGGCCUAAUUAGUGGAUCUGCUGGACAACCGCAAGGUACGCCAACUAAUAGUGGGAGUAUGAAAAAUGCUGCUAGCAAUAAAUAUUACAACGCAAUGCACGAGGCUGGAGCAGGUGCUGGAGGUGCGUCUACAGUUGGUGGUGGCAACACUGCGACGGGAUUUCUUUCACCGCAGCAAUUGCAACAUCAGUCUCCUCAUCACACGCAGCACUUGCACCAUGCGCAACAACAGCAGCAACAACAACAACAACAGCAACAUCUUCCACAUCACUCACAUCAUGCGCAAGUUGGUGGGCUGCAAAACAAGCCUGUGCAGGAUCAGCAUAACACUCAUCAACAACAGCAGCAGCAUCAGCAGCAACAUAUGAUGAAUAUGAAUAGUCAGGAGAUGCUGGGAUAUCAGGACAUGUGGAAUGCAAAUAUAAUGAAAAUGGACUUCCAAGAUGAAGGAAACAAUGCAAACACGGCAAGCAGUGGUGCUUACAGCAGUUUAGGAAACAUUCUGAACAACUUAGAAAUGAUGGGUGGAAGCAACAGCAAUUUCGAACAACAGCAAACCCAGCAGCAGCAACAGCAAACCUAUGAUAUGAUAUCAACCCCACGUACAAGCUCAGACACUCACCCACAGUCGAGAGUGCAGACUGCACAGUCACCCGCAUUAACGCCACAGCAAGUACAGCAACACCAACAUCAUCACCAGCAGCAACAGCAACAACAGUUGCAUCAGCAACAGCAACAGCAGCAAGCACAUGCGAAAGCAAGUCACUUCCACAAACAGCAACAUCCAUCGCACAGUCACGCUCAAAUGCUACCGGCAGUUGUAGAACCGGGACAAAUGGUGAACCAGCACCAUCACCAGCACCAACAGCAUCAACAUCAGCAACAGCAACAAUAUUUUCAGGAUCAUCAAGUGGCGCAUUCACAGCAACAGCAGCAGCAGCAUCAGCAAAUUGGUGCACCAGCCCUGGGAACGAUGCCACAUUCAAAAUCACUCGACCACUAUCAGGACGCUAAUAGUGCGGCUGCAGCUGCUGCUGCUGCUGCAUCAAACGCCAAUAUGUACGGCAUGAAUGUGUACAUGCAGAGACACUCCAUUGAUCAACCCUAUCACUACACGAUCGCUACGCCGUACGGUGGUUCGCAAGCGGCCGUAUCGUCGGCGGCUGCGAUGCAGCCAACAUACGAGGGUGGACCGAUCGAUGGAAUUCUAUCGUGUGGUGUCGGCGGCGGCGUAGGAAGUAGUGCUGGUGUAGGUGCCAGUGCUGGUGUAAGUUGCAGCAGUAACAAUCAUCCUUAUAACAAUGUUCCAGGCAGCGGUCGCUAUCCACCGCUAUCGUUGCAGUACGCCACCAACACCAGCUUCCCGAUGGGAAUACCGCCUGGACCGAUGUUUAUGAACGGUGGAAGCCAAAUGAAGCAUCAUCAAAAUGGAAUGGUUGAAGGAUGUGCAUCAUACCGGCAUGCGGCUAUGAAUCUUGGCUAUCCUUCCUACCGUGGUCCGAAUGGUAUGAUGCCACCGUCCUACUAUCAACCGGUGGAUUCAUCGAUCUACGGUGGCACCUCGAUGGCGGCAGCAGCUACUCAAACCGCAGCCUAUGGAACGGCAGCACAGCCAGGAGCGUCUAUUUUAAGCAGUAAGAAGAAAAUGUAUGAAGAUUACGAUAUUGGGUCUGGGGUACGCCGGAGUAACGAUACGUUACGAUCCUCCGGCAGUGGGUGUGCCAAAAAGCUCGACCGGUACCACAAAAAUUCCGAGCUACUGAUCGAUUAUGAGAGUGAUAUGUUGCCUGAAGCUUUGGCCGAAAGAAAUCUGAAAGAGCAGCAGCAGCAUCAUCACCACCAUCAUUAUUUACAUCACCAGACAUCGCGAAACUCACGGCAAUCGGAUUUCGACAGCUACGAAGAAGAACAGUUGCAGCGGGAACAAGAGCAGAGCAGCAACGUAAGCCGGCGGAUUUCCAGUAAAAAUCAAGACGGAAUCGGAUGCUACGAAACGUGGAACUACGUCUAUCAAAAUCUGGAAAAGCAAGGCUACACGAAGGAUCUGGGGGAACGAGGUGAUUUUUUGGCCGAUGAAAUGGACGACGAAGAUAACCGUGCGGGUGUGAUGGAGGAAGAGGACAUUCGACGAAGGCGUCGGAAUGAUAUUAUGGACGAGCAAGACGUGCAUCACUCGACCAGGAGAGAAUCAACCAAUGCUUCCUCCAGCACGACUCUUCGGCGUAAUCACAACGAGAAGCUAAAGGCCAUGAAACCGAAAGCGGCCGAUAAGGUAGAUGGUAUAAGCCGGCAAUCUUCAGCUGCCAUUAUCUCGUCUAGGCAUAAUUCAUCCGACGGGAGAAGACACGAACGUCAUCCUUCCUCGGGCUCGGGUGUUACUGCAACCAUGGUACAGAAAGUAACCAAAAUGUCACUUUCCAAUACCACAACUGAUGAUCUGUUGGGUCUUGAGCAGAACGGUGGUGGCGGUAAGAAUGAACCCACGGUCAGCAGUCGAAGAAGCUCGGUGUCGAAGAAGCAAAUCACACCUCAGGGCUCUGGAUCGUCUUCGUCUACCGGUCCCAUAAUGCCUAUGAAGGAAACGAAACACAGCAGUUCGACCACUGGAAUUCUGGUCAAUAAUCACCACAGCAACCACAAUGCGAAUAGCGGAACCGGAAGCGUUUAUCAAACCGGCAGUAAUACGUCAACGACGCAGGUGAAGAAGAAGACGACCACCUUCGAUACUGGUGCGGUAACGAUAAUAAACCCCAGCCCGACAGGUGGCAGUCCCGGAAACAGCGGCACACCAGCCGGUGCCGAAUGGAAUUGCAAUUUCUGUACCUACCUGAACCCGGAUGUCAAACGCAUCUGUGAUAUGUGCUCCAAGAGCCGAGACUUUCGGCUCGAUGGAACGACGACCACCAGCAAUGGGACUACUGCAACAUGUGUUUAA